AUGUUCCAACCUCAGCCGACACCAUUUGGCUCGUCGUUCUACACCCCGACAGAGUCGACAGCAACAUACGACGAUGGAGUGCCGCUCGACAUUGUUCUAAGUGCCGAGUACGCCUAUGCUCCGUCUCCUGUUGGGGCUCUGGAGCAGAACGGAGGAGGACCGCCGCAUGCCAUGCCAGGGUCGGGAUCUGGGUCUGGGUCUCAAAGCGGACCAAGUCGCGGACCUGGCCAUGGCCUGCGACAACAGCAACAACAACACAGAAUAGGAUCAGAAGAAGGUUUCGAUGGGCCGAACUCCAGGCCGGCGGCGCGUCCAACACCAGGGCGCGACCGUGUUCAUAGGGGGGGCUCAGGGGAGUUUGGUGUUGGUGGUGGGUUCGGCCUCGAGGGGCAAGUCAGGAGUCCAGUAUCAGCACGAACAGGACGGGACAACAGACGGGGGAGUGCCAGCCAUUCAGCCGACAUGGCGGGCAGCAGGUACGACCAACACCAGCAGCACACAUCACUACUUCCCGUCCUGUUCUCCUCGUCGGCGUCGCAUGGCGCCGGCGCUCCUGCUCAUUCUCCUGCCUCUGCUCCCACCACUGCUCCUGCCGCUACCGCUCUUGCUCUUGCCCCUACUUUGGCUCCUGCCUCUGUGUCUGUGUCUGCGUCUGCGGCUGCCGCCGCCGCUGCCGCCACGUCAGGUCAGUCGCAGGAACCCCACGGCCCAUUGCACCUGCCACAUCGGCCGCAGCAACAGCAAGUGCAUCCGCUUCAGCGCUUGCCCCAGCGCCUGCACCAGCAGCACCCUGGCCACAGCCUUGGUCUCAGUCAUCAGCACCCGCAUCCGCACUCGCACGCCCACCAAACGCACCAGCAGCUCCAGCUCCAUCUCCUCCAACAGCAACACAAUCACAAUCAGCAACACCCUUCGCUUGCACCAUACACCAGCAGCUAUCAGCGCAACCGAACACAAACGCAGGCCCAGGUGCAGACCCAUUCGCAGACCGACCUCCAGCACAAACUUGCUGCCAAUCCCGGCUAUAACAUCCCCAGCCCGGCCGCCUCCGCCGCCUCGUCGUGCAGCAACUCCAACAACCCGCCCUCGACCUUGUCCUCGUACAAUCCAAAUUCUAACGCCCACGCCGUUGCGACGCCCGCCUCAUCCACCACCUCUGCCUCCGCACCAAACUCCGCCUCUGUCCGUGCUCUUUCGGCCGAUAUGGCUGGCGACUCCUCGGCCGAUGCUGCCUUUCACGACGACUUGGCAGCUCAACAGAGGGCUGCUGAGAGCUACCAGCCUGACCUCCAGGGUCCUUUGAUCGGGGAUAGGCUCACCAGCAACGCCAUUACCGCCGAGUAUGCCAAAGCUGAUCCUGUCUAUGUUGAGAAGACGAUCAACCUGCCACAGACAUACUCUCAUUAUCGGCCAGUCCAAGGCGAUGGCAACUGCGGAUGGCGAGCAAUCGGCUUCAGCUAUUUUGAGCACCUCGUGUUUGCUGGCGACCCCGAUAAAUUGAGUCAAGAACUUGCCCGCCUCACCAGCCUCAACAACUACAUUGCCAAUGUCGGUGGGUACGAUUUUGAGCUCUUCGAGGACAUGGUCCAUGAAACGCUCUCUUUAAUCAAGGAUCUUGCGGAUGUUGUGACAGAUUCGGCCACCGCCAUGGCACUCCUGAUGACACGAUUCAACGACGCACAAUGCUCCAACGCUAUUGUUUACCACCUUCGUUUACUAGCCGGGUCUUGGUUGAAGGGCAAUUCAAACGAUUUCGAGCCGUUUCUUGUCGGCAGCGGCGGCCUCUUACAGUGGUGCAACGAAAACAUCGAGGUCCCUGACCGCGAAAUUGACCACAUUGGCAUCACCCUCCUCGCGAACAUCCUACUCAAACCCAUCGGCUUUGUUCUCGAGAUCACCUACCUCGAUCGCACGCCCGGCUCACAGGCCAACGUCUACCGACUGCCCGAAGAGGCCACAGGCCAGGACCCUGCCAACCUUGGGCCCAUCAUCUACCUUCUGUACCGGCCCGCGCAUUACGACAUUCUCUACCACAAAAUGUCGUCCCGAUUCCCGAACCCUGCAGCCGGUGCCCCUGCGCCUCUUGAGCUGCAGGUCAACAGGGCCAUGUCAUUUUCCCAGCAGCACGAAGUAGCAAGCGCCACACCCUCCCUGCAUAACUUCUCAACUGUCGAUUUUAGCGCACUGGCCAUGCUGCCCGGGUUCAGCGGCCCGCCUUCCGCCAUGUCUUCUUUGGCAUCACCCACGGCAGUGUCCCCGAUGCACAACGCUUACGACCCCUCGCCGCAGACUCCCUGGCUGUCGGCCCCCUUCUCGGAUUCCGCCAUGCAGCAGACCGCGCCGCCGGCCCCGUCAGCGGCCCUUGGCCUGCUGCGGACUCAACCCCGACAACCACCCCCCUCGUCAACGACAGGUAGCCAAGCCGCUCCCCCCAAGCCAAGUCAGCCUGUCGACUACCAGUUGCGGUUCAGCUCCCAAUGUUUCCACCUGAAGAACCCUCCCGCCGAGCCGACGUCGAUGCUCUCUCACAAUGGCUAUAUGGAACCAAACUUUACUACGACCAUGUUCAAGAACAGCCACUUCAACAAGGCCCACUACAAUAACCCACAAUUCCACCCUGAAGAGUGGGUGCCAGACGACGAGCCACACGACAGGAGCGUGAAUAGUAAGCGGAAGAUCCGUUCGAGGUCGGAUUAA